CUUUCUAAGUUUCAUUUUUUUUUUAUCAUUUCAGAAUUGAACAUGGGCACUGAUGUGGACUCUGAAGACGUUAAUUUGUCACAGUCUUUCAAGGAGGCUCAAAAACUGAUCACAUUUGUGAACAAAACAUCUUUAUCAUCAGCAGACAGUGAAGUCCAGAGUAAAGUGGGCUUAGCCAUCAAACUUCUGGAACAGUGUACCAAAAUGGUGAGCUCUCUUCAAUUAUUCAGUAAAAAUGAAUCAGUUGAAGAAAUCACUACAAACUCAUUGCAAUAUCUUUUACUACCUGUCAUGUUGGGUGAUAUGACUAAUCAUCUAGCUGCGUCGUCGGCGGAAGCAAGAAUUCCUAUUGUGGAGAAAGUGGUAAUAUACUACGAGGAUUUCCUACGUAGAUGUCAAGAGUAUGAACUGUACGAAGGCAAGAUUCCCAGUCUGAAUUCAGAAAAGGAGAAUCAAGAUCUUCAAGCUCAGUUGAACUCUCGCGAGGACCGAGUUAACAAAUACAAGGCAAUCAAAGAAACUGAGAAUAAAAUCAAAACACUAGAGGAUCUUGUGGAAAAUGGUGCUAUGUUGGACGAUGAAACGAGCCGAGAACUCCAUCUACUGAAGAUCAAAUUAGCAAUUGACGAAACUUGUGGAAACCUCGCACAUCUAUUGCAAGAGAAAGACCUACUCGAGAAACGAUUCAAGGACGGGCCAUCUGGUAACACAGAACGAGUACAAAGCAAUGGAAAUACACAAGGAAGUAAUCAGCAAAACAGUUUGACGAGGCCGGCUAUUUUGAUACUGACAAGAGACCAGGUGCAGAAGAGUGUGUUCGGAGCUGGGUAUCCUUCAGUGCCGACGAUGACUCUCGACGAGUGGUAUGAGUCACAGUGCCAAAGCUGCUCGGACACCGGAAUGCCCGAAAGGGGCCUCAAAUCCAAAACUGGAGACCCUGAACUGGAUUCUCGUUUGGAAAUGCAAGAGAAGAUAGAGCGAGAGGAGAGAGAGGAGGAGCGGGAUGAGCCUGGUCUGCUUCAAAAAAGGAGAACCUUCGAUGAUUACAAAGACGACCACAGGAGGGGAUCCGGAAACACUAUUGGAAAAGGAUAACUAGAUUAGUCAUCUUUGUGUUAAGUUAAAUGAACGUGUUCAGUUGAAUGCAAUUUGUGUAUCAUUAUACUGUAGUAUUUAAUUUGUACAAUUUAAAUGUGUUUUUAUAUAAAAUUGACCCGACUUAAAUCGA